AUGCCUAGGAUCGAGGUGUUCCACUGCUUCAAUGCCUUAUGGGUGAAGAACCGCUGGGACAACUGGGAGUUGCACUCGGAGAUUGAUUCCUGUAUUCUCCACACCCUGGCUGGUGCAAACAUCGCCCGGUACUUCCGCCGCUUCUCGUGGUUCGACUUUGCCAUCUUCGCCGUGCUGCGAUGUGCAGUGGAGCAUCUUUCGGAGGAUCAUGGUGGCCUUAUCGAGGUCAAAGCCAUCACCGAAGGGCAGCGCGAGGGGAACCUAGGGGACUGCUUACGCCUGGGUCUGGUCUAUGGUUUCUGGUACGCCGCCUCGAUCUGCGUGCUUGGGCGCAGCAAGCUGGCUCACCCAGUCUUCCUUGCCUUGUUGCUGGUGGGCUACCCAUUGACUUUGGUUCAUUCCUACGAUUAUUUGCUGAAUAAGAGCAGUACUUCUUUCUGGCUGGCCCAUGCAGCGAACUUGAUCUCCACAAACCCACCGGUCGUUGCUGCGGGCAUGCAGUUCCUCGGUUUGUUGGCUGCCUAG